UCUGAAUCGUUUUCAUGUGUGUCCUCUCUUUUGCUGAAGCAGUCAAAACAGUGACCAUGUCAAAAGGUGGUACGUCAGCCAGUGGCAACGUGUGCAGACAGAGUAUGCCAAUGCCAGUUGCAUUGCAUGGGAAUAUAUGCAACCUCAGAGAUGUCUCAAGGAUGCAACGUACAUAAAGUCAUAAACAUAAGAUGGCCGUGUUUCGUGCUCUCUACUGCUCUUCUCUCUUCGUUGCAAUGAUGCUGCUCAUGUUUCCUUCAUCUGCAGCAUUGCCUCUUGCUUUCUUUAUAUUUGGAGACUCCCUUGUUGAUGUAGGCAACAAUGACUAUCUUGUGACCCUCUCCAAGGCCAAUGCACCACCAUACGGUGUUGAUUUUGUAUUUUCUGGUGGCAAGCCAACCGGAAGGUUCACAAAUGGGAGGACCAUAGCAGAUGUUAUGGGUGAAGCCUUGGGGAAGAAAUCUUUUGCUCCACCCUACUUGGCUCCAAAUUCAGGUGCUGAAAUGACGAAUGAUGGGGUCAAUUACGCCUCUGGUUCUUCUGGCAUAUUUGACGAGACCGGAUCUUUUUAUAUUGGAAGAGUUCCACUAGGACAGCAAAUCAGCUACUUCGAAAAGACAAGAGCUCAGAUACUGGAGAUCAUAGGGGAGGAAGCUGCAACCGAGUUCUUCAAGAAGGCACUCUUCAUUGUAGCAGCAGGAUCCAAUGAUAUCUUGGAGUAUCUUUCGCCUUCCAUACCAUUCUUUGGACGAGAGAAGCCUGAUCCUUCAUACUUUCAGGAUGUGUUGGUUUCCAACCUGACAUUUUAUCUGAAGAGGCUAAAUGAUCUAGGGGCUAGAAAGUUUGUCGUGUCCGAUGUCGGGCCACUCGGUUGUAUACCGUACGUUCGUGCACUGGAGUUCAUGCCUACAGGGGAGUGUUCAGCAUCUGCGAAUCGAGUCACUGAAGGUUACAACAAGAAACUGCAUAGGAUGAUCGGAAAGAUGAACCGGGAGAUGGGUCCAGAGAGUAAAUUCGUGUACACACAUACGUACGACAUUGUGACGGAAAUCGUUCAAAACUACCAUCAGUAUGGUUUUGAUAAUGCGCUGGAUCCGUGCUGCGGCGGCAGCUUGCCUCCGUUUCUGUGCAUCGGCAUUGCCAACUCCAGCUUCUCGCUGUGCAAGGACCGCUCCAAGUACGUCUUCUGGGAUGCGUUCCAUCCGACGGAAGCCGCAAACUUCAUCAUCGCCGGUAAACUUCUCGACGGGGACGCGGCCGCUGCUUCCCCCAUCAAUGUCCGGGAGUUGUACCAGUAUCAGUACAAGUGAGGUAUCGUCAAGGCGUACCUUGUCCUGGCUGUGUAGCCUUCAUCUUCCUUGUUCCAUUUUUCCAAGGCUUGACUCAAUGCACACGGAUCAUAAGUUCUAUGAGAUGCGCGUCAUUAACGUGUAGA